UUCGAUCAAACAAAAAUUUUUUCUUAGUGUUUUUUUCAAAUCUCAAAAUCAACACUCAUAAUCAUAAUCAUCAUCGUCAAUCAUCAUGGACAGACGGUAGCAGAAUUCUAAAAAAAAGAAUCUUUUUCGACAUUUUGCUCAUUUCUGGAUCGAAAAUAUCAUAAGAUUAUCAUCAUUAUUAUAUACGUCAUUAGAAAGCAUCAGUGAAAACCCAUCGAUUUGGUUGUUUCAAAUUUCCAUUACGAACAAAAAAAAGCAACAAAGAUUGUCAACUUUGCAUCAAUAAAAAACAACAUCAUUUUACGAACGACGACGACGAUAAGAACGGUGACCGAAUUAUUUGGACAUUGGAAUUUAUCAUCGGUGGUGGUGGUGUUUAUAAGAAAAAAAAUGGCAACAAUUACCAAUGGUAAUAAUGGUGUUAAUAUGUUGUUGGAUGAAAAUACAUUAAGACAAAUAUUUCGUUCAUCGGAUGCUGUUUGUUUUGAUGUUGAUUCAACUGUUUGUCGUGAUGAAGCAAUCGAUGAAUUGGCUAAAUUUGCAAAUAAAGAAAAAGAGGUUAUGGAAAUGACAAGACGUGCAAUGCGUGGUGGUUGUAGUUUUCAUGAUGCAUUAAGUAAACGUUUACAAUUAAUUCAACCAACAGUUGAUAUGAUUAAUGAUUAUUUACGUACACAUCCACCAAGAUUUACACCGGGAAUUAAAGAAUUAGUAUCAUUAUUACAUGCAAAUGAUGUUGCCGUUUAUUUAGUAUCGGGUGGUUUUUAUUCAAUAAUUGAACCAGUUGCCAAAGAAUUACACAUUCCAUAUAAAAAUAUUUAUGCAAAUCGGAUAAAAUUUUUUUAUGAUGGAAAUUAUGCCGGUUUUGAUGAAACUGAACCAACAUGUCAACAACAUGGUAAAGCAAAAGUUAUUGCAUAUUUAAAAAAUCGUUAUAAAUAUCGUAUGGUUACAAUUAUUGGUGAUGGUGUUACCGAUAUGGAAGCAUGUCCACCUGCUGAUGCAUUCAUUGGAUUCGGUGGUAAUCAGAUUCGUGAAAAAGUUAAAAAAGAAGCUAAAUGGUUUGUCACUAGUUUUUAUGAUCUUAUAGAAGAAUUGAAAGUUGAUUCAUAGAAGAAAAAGGAGAUGCAGAAAAUGGAAAAAUCAUAUUAUUUUUUGUUGAUUUGGUUGAAAAUUAAUAUUUUUUAUUUUGCAAAAAAAGCCACUUUUUUAUAUUAUAAAAUCUUAUAAGUUUGUAUUUUUUUUCUUAAUGUCAGUAACGAAACGGAAUUUCUUUCUUUUUAAAUAAAUUAUUUUUUACUAAAAAAAAA